AUGACUAGCCAUACAUUCAAUGUUGAUAUGACCUGCGGAGGUUGCUCAAAGGCUGUUAAUGCCAUCCUCUCAAAGUUGGAUGGAGUUUCAAACAUUCAGAUUGAUCUCGAGAAGAAGAUCGUCAAGUGUGACAGCACAAAGUUGACAGCUGAGGAGCUCUUGACCAACAUUCAAAAGACUGGCAAGAAGUCAUCCAUUGUAGCAUAA